CAAUUAGGUUCUCUGUGGUGUUUCCAUAACCAAGGUUCUAUAAAUACCAAGGUGAACUUUUGCGUACAACUUAUUACAACACAUAUAAGAAAAUGUCGUUCGCCCGUUCCAAGCGGAUCCCUGCCUUGGUUGUAGUAAUAUUGAUCGCGGUGGUAACACUCAUGGUAAUCCCAUACUCCCAAGGUAAUUCAUCCAACCUCAAGUCCAUCGGUCAUAGUAUCACCCAGCAACUAUCAUUUUCCCAGUCACAACUGACAUAUAAAAAAAUUGAACAUCAAGACAAAGCAUUCCAAGUUUCCACAGUGGUAUACGAGAAGGAAUCUAGCGAUAACAACAAGCACAGUGUCUUAAUACUUUCGUCCAUUGGCAGUGGCAAGUCAUAUGGCGGGGACCGUGAUUUCCUGAAAUUCUUGGAUGUUGUUCGUAGUAUUGUUAAUGUAAGAGACAGUUCCAAAUAUGAAUUUUCUCUUGGAGUUCAAUGCAAUGAUGAAAACGAGUUCCUGGUGAUCAAGAACGCCAUUGAUCUGGUCCAGGAUAGCUUAGAACCUAUACUAUCAAGAAUCAUAUUGGUGUCUGCUCCCAAGUUGGAAGAUCAAAUUGGAUUAUCUCGUGGAAACAGACACAACCCUAAACUUCAACGUUUGAGAAGAAGAUUAAUUGCAAAAUCAAGAAAUUUCCUUUGGACCACUGCAUUGAAAAACGAGCAAUAUAUUUUCUUUAUGGAUGCUGAUAUGAUUUCCUUGACUGAGAAUAUGGUGGAAUAUUUUGUUGAAUCAGAUAAAGAUAUCGUGGUACCCCGUGUCGACACUGCCGGUGGUAUAAAAGAUUAUGAUAAGAACUCCUGGAGGGGACAACGUACCAAACCAACGCAAAAACAAUUAGAUUUAAUGGAUGCCGGAAAAUGGAAUGAUUGGGAUUACGUUCCUCACGAUGUUAAUGACCAGAUUUAUCAUUUUUCAACUUUCUUAAAAAAAGAUCUUGUAAAACAUAAAGGAGAUUUAACGUAUAAAUUCCCAUUGGAUUCUGUUGGUGGGGCGGUUUUAUUUGCUAAAUCUAUGGUGUUCAAGCAAGGUGCAAUUUUCCCAACCAGCAAUAUUAUUGGCACUACUUGGGACAGAAGUGAAGGAUAUGAUGGUAUAGAAACCGAAGGGUUGUGUUAUUUAGCUAAACCUUUGGGGUUCUCUUGUUGGGGUAUGCCUAAUCUUGUAGCUACUCAUAUAUAGAUUAUUUAUACUUUUAUAGUUAUGAAUUGAUAUGUGUUACCAGAGC